UCAAAAACGGGCUUCUCCCUUCCGGAAAGGGGCUCUCGCAUGGCGGCUGCUGGGCCGGGAAGCACUUAUUAGGGACACGUCAGCCUUCAGGGCUGCUGAGGAAAGGAUGACGAUGCUUCGGAGGGAAAAGUGAAACCAGGCUGAUGCGGUUCUCGGAGAAGGGACGGGGCGGGCCGUGGAGGUGGCUCUACACCGCGCCCCGAGUCGGGCAUGCCCGGGAGCUAGAACAUGGAGGGAGAGGGUGCGCGGAGAGGCGAAAAUAAACUCUAGCCUCGGCCUUCUUUCUCUGCCAAAGAAAAUCAGUUUUCAUCGUGAAGACACCUCUACUGCAAAGAUGGUCAAUGUACCUAAAACCCGAAGGACUUUCUGUAAGAAGUGUGGAAAGCAUCAGCCUCACAAAGUGACCCAGUAUAAGAAGGGCAAAGAUUCCCUGUAUGCCCAGGGAAAGAGGCGCUAUGAUCGGAAGCAGAGUGGCUAUGGUGGGCAAACAAAGCCAAUCUUCCGGAAGAAGGCUAAAACCACAAAGAAGAUCGUACUGAGGCUUGAAUGUGUUGAGCCCAACUGCAGGUCCAAGAGGAUGCUGGCCAUUAAGAGAUGCAAGCAUUUUGAACUCGGAGGAGAUAAGAAGAGAAAGGGCCAAGUGAUCCAAUUCUAAGCUUUGGGAAUCUUUUGUUCUUCUAUUUUUGAGAGCAAAAUGUUUAAGUUAUAGAAAAAUUGCCUGUAUGAGAAUAAAUACAGUGAUAUUCUUACUCAAA